AGUUUGUCUGGUUUGCAACUGGGCAGCACUCCACAUUGCGAUUGUGUUUACACCACCACCAGUGCUCUAUUUCAAAGCAGUUUGAUAGCACCUCAACUCCCGAAUAUAAUUCUCGCCAAGUCAGGUCAUGUUCGGAGCUCUAAAUCGUUUUAUCGGGCGCCUGGACUCCGAUCCAGCCCAGCAGCCUCGAGCCACCACUAGCGAUAACGCAUUUGGCUUCCAAGUCCUCCGCAGCAAGGACUCCGAACUACCCCUGGAGCCAUGGUUUGAUUUCAUUAUUGGGAUCAAUGGGCGUCUGAUAGACGAUCCAGACCCUAAUCUCUUCGCGACAGAAGUUCGCAAUUGCGCCGGAUCCAGUGUGACAUUUGAAGUCUGGAGUGCAAAGGGUCAGAAGACACACACCGUCUCUAUUCCAAUUUCCCCCACCAAUCCUACGCUGGGUCUCGCCUUGCAGCUUGCCCCUCUUUCAUCUACACAACAUAUCUGGCAUGUCUUAAAUAUCCCGUCACCGCUCAGUCCGGCAUACCGGGCAGGGCUACUUCCACACUCAGACUACAUCAUCGGGACACCCAGUGGAACGUUACGGGGAGAAUCCGCGCUGGGGGAGUUGGUGGAGGACCACCUAGACCGAACACUAGUCCUAUGGGUGUACAACAGUGAGUUCGACGUAGUACGCGAGGUGGAGUUGGUACCUACCCGGGGCUGGGGUGGUGAGGGUGCACUAGGGGCUGAGCUUGGGUAUGGUGCAUUACACAGACUACCCGUUGGGUUAGGCGAGGAGGUAGAGGGCCCUGGUGAGGUAGUAUUUGAGACGCGUGACGAUGGCACCUCAACCCCCGUUCUGAAUCCGAUGAAUCCGGCUCAAAACCAUGGUGUCGCACUUGAUUCAACGAUUGGCGGCCAUUAUCUGGUCCCUGCCAAUAUGGCCGCGCCGCCUCCCCUGGCGUCGCAAGCACCACGGAGCCUUUCUGCGUCACCAGCGCCCAGCCAGUCACCUGCUGCGCGGCGCGGCAAGACCCGCCAUCAUGCUAUAUCGCCGAACCGGGCAUUUGAUGAAUAUUUUGCCGAAGGGGAAGAGAAGAGUAGAGAACAGGACUAUGCUCCGUCACGGAAGGGAACGCCUCUACCUCCUCCGCCGAAAGGAAUUCGGUCACCGCCACCUUCAGGCAGCCCCGCGCCGGCGAUGGAGUAGGAGAAUCAAUUCUUUUGAUGUUUAGAUAUUCUGGGUUGUAGCGUUUCUUAUUUGUAGAGUAUUACGAGUCUGCGGAGUUACGACGGUCAACUGGGGGUGCGAUAUACCAAUGAUGGAUUCCCAAUUUCAGUCUAUAUUUCACAGCAGGGCGACACGCCACUGCUACUACAUUGCGUGAUA